AUGAGUACACAUAUCAUCACUCCUGGACCGUACCGAGCCACCAAACUGUGGAAUGAGGUGACUCGUCUGUUUCGAGCUGGCAUGCCCCUCAGGAAACACCGCCAGAACUUUCGUCAUUAUUCCUCCUGCUUCGCCGCCACGGCUGCCGUGGAGUGGCUGCACCAGCUGCUCCGUAGCAAUAGCAAUUUUGGCCCAGACGUCACCAGGCAACAGACGGUGCAGCUCCUCAAGAAGUUCCUGAAGAACCACGUGAUCGAAGAUGUGAAGGGCCGUUUUGGCACAGAGGACCUGGAGGACAACAACACGCUAUACAGAUUCCCCUCCACCUCUCCCCUGAAGCCCAUUCCUUGUCCCGUUCCAGCCUCAGGUUCCAGCUCCAUUAAGAAAAGGCCUUCAUUCAAGUUUAAGAGUAUGAAAAAGCAAGAGAAAGAGACGCAGGAAAAUGUAGACCCUGCCCUCCAAACACAGGAAGAGAAUCAGCCAAUAGGAGAGCAGCAGUUGCAGAGACGAGAGCUGACUGUGGACGAUGAACAUGACAUCUGGAGAGACAUCACCAUCACCCACCUGCAGAGGAUUCUGGGUGUUUCAUCUCUUAAUGAAGUUUUGCACCCGAGUCAUGUAAACCCACAAAACAUCAUCCAUAAUAUGACCAAAGUCAACAAGCACGGAGUGGUGUCACUGGACGACAAGACCAAUGACCUUCCUCACUGGGUUUUGUCUGCCAUGAAGAGCCUGGCCAACUGGCCGAAGUACGACAGCGGACAGCCGUCUUAUCCCGGCUUUGAAAGAGAUGUCUUCAAAACGGUGUCUGAUUACUUCUACAGCCUUCCGCAGCCGUUACUCACAUACGAACUGUAUGAACUGUUUAUCAAUGUGCUGGUGUUUUGUGGGUAUGUUCCAGCGCCCAAAACACACCAGCGUGGGAAACGCAAGCAGCCUGACCUUCCUUCAGUGCCGCCUCCAGCCAAGACAUCAUUUCACUCCACAGAGUGUCUCCUCCUGUCGCUGCUCAGACAGGGAACGUGUGACGAGGUAGAAUCGCCCAUGAGAGAGGUGCUUGGUGGGAAACUUAAGUCACGGUUGGCGGCGUUGAAACGUGACGGUCAGUUAGGAGGCAGCUGCAUGAGCCUGAGUACAGCUGCUUCUCUGAGGCCCAAAACUAGGAGCUGCUCACUGGAAACGAUCCUAGACGACUCUGUCAAUCUCACCCAGCAACAGCUGUUCCUGUCCAAUGACAGCCUGGCAUCCUGCGUCAAUAGCAACAAGAGCCAGGAUGAUAGCAGUGCCGUCACAAGACCCCAAAGUCGUUCAGAGUUUACAUCUGUAUCCAAAGAAGAAACCUUAAAACCUUUCGGGAAUUCUCCAGGAGGCUCCACUGGGACUAGACUGUCUGUAGUUUCUGUGGCAGGACUGUCGACAACGCAGAGGUCACGCUCCUUGCGACCUCGGAGUGUGGGCAGCUGUCUGGACAUUGUCGUCGAGACAAAGGAAGAUGUUAAAGAGACGAGGUGGAGAGGCCGAGCAGCCAGCUGCCUCAACAUAAACACUGCUGUAGACCAGCGUCACUCCUCCUCAGCUUCACGCCCUCGUUUGUUGUCCGCUACUUCCUGUCAUCCUCUCUCCUCCUUCUCUUCGUCUGCUGCAACCAAAACACAAGUGUCACACGCCACUACAGGACCUGGUGGGCCGAGACCCGCCUCCAGUACCUGUAAUCUUUGGCCUCACCCUGCUCCCGCUGUUGUCCGGCGCUGCCUCAGCUCUCUGGAUGUGUACAAGCCGCCUCGACCUGUUUCACUGUUCAAUAUGCCCACCAGCAACACGCAGCCCCCGCAACCCAAACCUGAGCACAGUCUUCUUCAGCCUCAGUGUGAGCGCGUGGCCAUCGAGGCUUUGCAGCUGUGCACCCUUCUCCUCCCACCUGCCUCUCGCAGGAGGUUACAGCUCCUCAUGAGGAUGAUGUCUCGAAUCAGCCAAAACGUGGACAUGCCUCGCCUGCACCCCGCCAUCGGCACACGGACACUGAUGGUUCACACGUUUUCAGGCUGCGUUCUGGGCAGCGCUGAGGAGUGCGAUUUAGACGAGCUGUUAGCUACCAGACUGGUGUCAUUUCUAAUGGACCAUCAGCAAAGCAUCCUCUCAGUCCCGGAGUUCCUGCUCAGUGCUAUCAAUGACCGCAUACAGUAUCUGCGCACAGUACAGGUUCCAGUCGGCGGCGUUCCUACUAUUGAUGACAGCGACCCAGUUUGCGUUCCCAUGCCCAUCUACGCGUUCUGCCAUCAGAUUAGCGGCGCUGAGUUUGAACAGCAAAAGCAGGCGUCUUCCCAGAAAGCCAUGGAGGAGCUACUGGAGAUCCUGCUGACAAACCAAAACAUGAAAGAGAAGGACAGACGCAAGAAACUGAAGCAGUUUCAGAAGCAGUACCCCGACAUCUACAACCGGCGGGUCUCCUCCUCAAACGGAGACAACAAGACCGACAACAAGCCAAAGAUUAAACCUCCUCUCCUCAGCAUCAAGAAGACCAAAGCUUUCAGUAUCAGGAACUAA